AUGUCUUUAGUCGCCUAUGGCAGCAGUGAUGAGAGUGACUCAGAGGAAACCUCUGCCGCACAGGAGAGGAAACCCAGCGCAGGAAGGCUCUUCUCACUCCUGCCUGCUCCUAAAAAGCCAGGAUCGGCGGGAGGGAACUAUGUGCCAGACAAGAAGACAACAGCGAGCCCUGCAGCAGGGGAAAGCUCAUCCACCGAUGAUCCAGAUCCGCAGCCAUCUAAGGGAAGCUUAUUUUCCAGCCUGCCCAAGCCAAGGAAACGGGCAGAACCUGUCAAGAUCACCGUACCACAGAUCCAGAGACAGGAUUCAGAUUCAGAUGAUGAUGAACCAGCAACAAAGAAACUCCAAAAUCAGGGUGCAGGCACAGGCCUGUCCUCCCUUCUGCCACAACCCAAAAACCUGACAGUAAAGGAGACAGACAGACCUCUGAUCCCUCAUGCGUUAACUAAACGGCAAGAACCAAAAGGACCCAAACCUGGAACCCCUGGUCAAGGUCUUGGUUCUAGUGCAUCUCCCUCUGCCAUCAAAGCUGCAGCAAAAUCAGCUGCCCUGCAGCUGGCUAGACAAAUAGCCUCAGAUGACCCAGAUAAUGAGGAAGACAUAACCCCACAGAACUACUUUUCUCUGGGCGAGAGCUCUCAGCCUCUCCCUGCAGUCAUCCCCAGCAUAGACCCUGAGCCAGGAGCCCUUGCAGAGCCCCUUCCUUUCGCAGCUGCUGAUGAGCCGGGACAGUCAGAUGCACCUCUCGACUUUGGAGGAAAACAUGAAGCAACUGGCACAUGGGGAGGUCAAUAUCAUCAGUAUCAGCAACCCAUAGCAGGCCCAGAGUCUUUUCCUCAGGGAUACUAUAAUGAGCCAUACUACCAAGAUCCCAACCCUGGAGUAUCAGAGGCUGAAGAACCCAGCCACUCAGCCAUGUUUGAUGAUGAAGCGUUCAUGCGGCUCCAGGGUAAAAGAAACCGGGGCAAAGAGGAGGUGAAGUUUCUGGAGAUCAAAGGUGACGACCAGCUGAGUGGCAACCAGCAGUGGAUGACCAAGAGCAUGACUGAGGAGAAACAGCAACGGCAGUCCUUCAGCAAGAAAAAAGGAGAACAACCUACAGGACAGCAGCGACGGAAGCAUCAGAUAACAUAUCUCAUUCACCAGGCAAAGGAACGUGAGCUGGAGCUGAAAAACAACUGGGCAGAAAACAGGCUAACUCGCCGGCAGACCCAGGCCAAAUAUGGUUUCUAAACAUCAUAACUGUGGACUGUGGUGGCAUACAGAAAGCCUGCAUCGGAAAUUUGAGUACAGCUUUCCAAAUUUACCUACACAAAGGGGAAAUUGUUUAGAAACAAAAAGCAUACAGUCCUUAAUAGAGAUUUCCCUUCCUGCCCUCCAUCCUGUAUUUGUGUUGAAUUGUUAAUAUUUAGUAGUUCUGUUUGAUAAGAUGUUAUUCUUAAAUCUAAAAUGCAGCCACAGCCGCUACACUCCCCUUUCACUGUCAUUUCUGUUAAAUAUAGGAACUGUACCUAUGUAACAAUGUAACAGUAUUUUUAAGGUACCUUUGCUCAGUCAUUGGCAGAACAGAUGUAAAGUGACCCUUGAAGUGGCCAUUAUAAAUGUUUUUCCUUUGGA